AUGGCGUCCAAGUCAAGUGUCCCGACGCAGAAUGACAUUCUCGUCCCCGAGACAUUAUUGAAGAAGCGCAAGUCGCAGGAGAAAGCUCGCGAGGACCGUGCGAUUGCGACGAAGGAGAAGCGAGAGAAGAACAAGAAGAAGCGAGAAGUCAUCUUCACACGGGCUGAGAAGUACGUGAAGGAAUACCGCGACGCCGAGAGGGAAACCAUCCGAUUGUCGCGUGAAGCCAAGAAGAGUGAUAGCCUCUACGUUCCUGCGGAGCCUAAGCUUGUCUUCGUCGUUCGCAUCAAGGGUAUCAACAAGAUUGACCCCAAGAAGCGCAAGACGCUGCAGCUUCUCCGUCUGCUCCAGAUCAACAAUGGCGUGUUCAUCAGGCUUACCAAGGCGACUACAGAGAUGUUGAAGAUUGUUGAACCUUUCAUUGCCUACGGGUACCCCAACCAGAAGUCGGUCCGUGAACUCAUCUACAAGCGUGGUUACGGCAAGAUUGAGAAGCAACGCCUUCCUUUGACUGACAACGAGAUCAUCGAGCAGAACCUUGGGAAGUAUGGCAUGAUCUGCAUGGAGGAUUUGAUCCACGAGAUCUACACCGUUGGUCCCAACUUCAAGCAGGCAUCCAACUUCCUGUGGCCAUUCAAGCUCAACAGCCCUACCGGCGGCUUCCGCAAGAGGAAGUUCAAGCACUUCAUCGAAGGUGGUGAUCUAGGCAACAGAGAAGACCUGAUCAACGACUUGAUCAGGCAGAUGAACUAA